AACAUGUACUGGUGUAAAACAUUUUAUGUUUUUGGAUAAUUUAAUUAAAAAUUCAAAUCAUACUGAAGUUGAUAUGAGCAAAGAUCUUAUUCAAGAAAAUGAUGAAAGUUUACUUUUGCAAAAAACUAAAGAAGCUAAAACAUAUACGUAUUCACCACCUUCUCCUGAAAGAGUUCCAAAAGAAAUUAUGCAUAAAUUAAAAACUAUGAUUGAAAUAGCAAAUAAUGAUUUAAUAGAUAUUUCUCCAAAAAAAUUAAUAUCUAGUAAUCUUAUUAAAGCUACUUUUGAAACUAAUUAUCUCUCAGAAAUUCAUGCGUCACUUAAUAAUAUAGACAAAUUAAAGCAAUUGGUUUCUAAAGUUCAAAAAGAACAUAAUCCUUAUAGACAAAGUAUUCUUGGUUUAACUUAUAAUAUAUGGAAAGAAAAAAAAGAAUAUGACAAUUAUGUUCAACAAGCAGGAGUAUUUGCUGAUAGACAAAUUAUGGUGAUUUGUAUUUCUAAAUUACAAGCUGAAACUUGGAAAUCACUUGAAUAUUUUGAAAUCGAUAUAGUAUUUAAAUGUGUUCAAGAAAACAUCAAUAAACUAGAAAUAAAUAUUAUAAUGAAAAUUAUAAAAUUG